AAAAUGUGAGCGUGAGUGUGUUAGAGGAACAGAUGGGGGCAGGGGGACAGCUGGGACACUGAAUAGUGCCUCUACAGCUUUUAGGAAAAGGACCUACAGAUUUCAUGAGCUCAAGGCAGAAAUUAAAAAGAAAACAUUGGUGAUGGGAAUCAAGUGAUGACGAAGAGCAGGAAAAUGUGAUGGUGUGAGAGUUCUGACAGUUCUGGAAACAUUCAUCACAGGAUUUGUAAAGCCGAGGAGGAAGGGAGGACGUACAUAAAAGAUAACCACACCAACCCACUGUCUCUAUUCACUCAAUCGUCAGCCACAUCGGGAGGGAAACAAUGGAUCUGUCCCUGACCAUUCAUGUGCUUCUACUUCUCUGUUCCCUCAAUGCUGUCGUUUGGGCGUGUCCGGAUGGAUGCAAAUGUCAAGGACUAUCAAUGCUCUGCAGUGGCCUCUCAGACUUCCCCACAACUGUGACCCCAUCAACCACAAGCAUUUACUUCUCCAAUUGCACUUUCUACUCUCUAAAACCAGAGGACUUGACUGAUUUCUCUAAUACCCUUAGCAUAUUUUUGAUUAAAGACACUGUUCUGAGGGAAGUGCACCUUGGUACAUUUGAUUCCACUCCAAACAUGGGUGCCUUAGGGUUCACUGGCACCGAACUACAAGAUCUCCCUGAGUCCUUGUUCCAAAAUCUUCCGGCCCUUAAGUCUCUGAAUCUGAAGAGCAACAAACUCCUGGUCCUCCGUCCUAACUGGUUUUCUGUGCUGAGAGAUCUGAAACUCCUUGACCUCAGUAAGAACCUUUUUACUUCUGUACCUGUGGAAACAUUUCACCCUCUUGCUGAGCUGCAGGUCCUUUAUCUCUCUGGAAACAACAUCAGUCAACUAUCUAAAGAAACAUUCAAGGGUCUUUCUCAGCUGAAAACCUUGCGGCUUAACAAAAACUCACUACACCAACUUCCUCCUGGCAGUUUGGAUGACCUUGGAAACCUGGAGGAACUUUCCCUACAUGACAAUCUAAUCACUCAUCUCCCCCAUGACCUGUUCUCCAAGACUUUGAAACUCCAGAAGCUGUUCCUCUCACACAACAGGCUCACAUCUCUUCCACAGGGGAUCUUCUUAAACCUACCCUCACUUUCACAGAUCUCCCUGUAUGAAAACCAGCUGGAAAGUCUGGCACCAGGGGUGUUUGGGCCUCUUGCCCUGCAGGAGUUGUGGCUAUAUGACAACAAGCUAAACCGUGUGGAAGAUGACACAUUCAAGAACCUGACUCAGUUGCGUCUCCUGGUGCUCAGUCGCAACCAGAUUAGCUUUGUAUCCACCAGGGCCUUUACAGGACUGGAGCAACUUGGAGAGGUAUCACUUCACACGAAUAAGCUCACAACCCUGCAAGCUGGGACUUUCCAAGGUCUGCCCAAUCUGGUCAACAUUUCCUUGGAGAACAAUUUCAUCAGCUCCCUCCCUUCAGGUUUUUUCCAGGGCGUGGGCCGCCUUGGACAGAUUGACCUGCGAAAUAACUCCUUUCCCAACCUGCCACAGGAGAGUCUUGAUGACCUCACUGUAGCUACUGAAGUACUCCUGCAGCAGAAUCCCUGGAAGUGUGACAAGGAUAUUCUGCCACUUAGGGACUGGCUGACAAAGAAUCCAACCAAGGCUAACCAAACACUUGUGGUCUGUGAAACACCUUUCAGUCUGAAUGGUGAGGUAAUUGCUCUGCUGACAGAUGAGAACUUGAUGCCUCUCAGCUCCACUGAGGAGCCUGUGUUGACCUCGACGGAGAAGAGGAGAAAACCCCAUACCCCUCCAACCAGACGCAGCACUCCCUCACCUGCUGUCAAGACCACCCCCACCACAAAGCAUGAGGAGGUCACCAGCGGUGGACAAGGGGAGAAGGAAACGGUUGCCAAUAACACUUCAAUCAUCCUCAUCAUCAUCGCAGUAGUGUCCACUGUCAUCAUCAGCACUGUCAUCAUUGGCUGCGUGUGCUGGAGGAGAAACAAGAGAGGCAGAGGAAACAUACGCAGCAGAAACAAGAACUCUGUGCUGUAGACUCGACCACCCAACAUCCCAGCAACCCAAGAACUUUAAAGCCAAGUGAAACUGCUCACUGAUUACUGUGGUUUACUUGGAAAAUGUGGAGCCUAGAGUUGAUUUUAGAGCCUCAAAGGCAACAGAAAUAACCACUCCAGCUCCAUUCAGAUGUACCGGCUAGAACAAACAAGUAAACUUUUGAAAAUCAUUAGCUUUCAAAUUCAAUGAUGACAUUGAGCAGACGGUAUUCAUUUCCUAUGUGCAGUAAAAACAGACAUCAUAUGUAUUAACUGUAAAAACACCCACCUUGCCAUCUUGUGGAGAACCUGGACAUUUUUGUGAAUGUAACCUCAGAUACACUGAAACAGUGUUUCACAGUUUUCUAGUAAAGUUAAGACUGCAUUCAGUAUUUUCUUCAAAUUAUUUUCCAUUGUUCAGUACUAAUAAUUUCAGUAUGACAAUCGCUUUUUGCGCUAACAUCAAUACAUUUAAGAGAUGGUAUUACUUUUUUUGUGAAAUGGCUAUCCAUGAAAACACAGCAUUGUGACUCCACUGUAACACAGUUCAUCCUAUGGUUUCCACAUUUACAACUCAAAAUGCUACUACUCAUUCAAUAAAGGCACUACUUUUAGUGGGA